AUCAGUUCUUCUCGGAAUUUCACCACGAAAAGUCGACUCCUCUGAUGGCGGAAAAACGCUCCUGCUCCCUGCUGGGCUGCCUGUUCAACCCGCGACUGUACGGCGUGAUCGUGGGUGUGCUCAGCCUGUGGGCCAUGAUUGCGGCCCUUUCGGCGUCGGUUUACCUGCUGGCCAAGUACGACGACAUCAAGGAUGUGCCCGAUAGUUUAAAAGCAUACUACCGAUACGCCACCCUCGACGUGAUCCUCAUCCUGAUUAGCUUAAUCGUCGUCGGCGUCUACCUUCUCGGCAUUUACAAAGCAAACGAGCACUAUUUGACGCCGUUCAUAGUGCUACUCGUGCUGGACUUUUUGGGCUACAUUGCGUCUGAGGUGCUGGCCCGGAACAGUGGCCACGGUGGUCCGGACCGGUGGAAGAAGAACCUGCUCGAGAUUUUUGUUUUCAGCUGCAUAUUUUCGAUCGUGAGCCAUCUUUAUCGUGUGUUUGGACGCCAACGGCAACUGCAGGAGCAAAGGUUGGCCGGUUAUCGGAGCAUUUCCAGCAGCCAGGAGCACAUUGCGAUGUGAAUGAGUGCGGGAUUAGGGCCUUGAGUGUUUGCGGAAUGUUGGAUGAGCGUGUGAUAAUUUAUUGAUUUAGUUUAAUAAAAAUAUAAUCAAUUAAAUAA